CGCGCUUUGUAACAAGCAGCCAAGGCAGACAAGCGGAGAGGCAGACGGAGGAGCGGACCUGGAUCCGCUCACAACAAACAGCUUCUGGAGUAAUGAACUAUUAUCCAUGCUCCCAUAAAAAGUGACUUAGAGUGACCACAGAGUCCCGUGGAUCUCCCGCUUUGUUCAAGAGGGGCUCCUGAGCUUCACUGAGGGAUGUACCGGUACUGAAGCAGCGUGUUGGGGACAUUAUGAUCCAGUCGGAACCAGCUCAAGUUCUCCCUGUGAAUGUUUGUCACAGAGGUGCCAGUGUGUCUGUGGCUGUGUGUGCGCGCGCGUGUGUGUGUGUGCAGCUGAAAUUUGUCUGGAACAUGUUUACUUGGUUUUUGGUUUAACUGUGUAAAUGAUCCAGUCAGAUAGUUUUCCUGCAGUUGUGUUGCAGACCUGCGUGAAACACUGACAGUCAGAGCUGUGUGUACUAUGACCGCUCAGUGCAUGUGGAAGUGUGAGUUUGCUCCUGAAGAGUUGCCAUCCUGUUCAUGUAUUGUUCCCAUUAUUUUGUCCAGCAGCUGCAGCUCCACUGCAGCCUGUCUGUGCUCAGUGUGUGUAUCAGUGUGGGUUAUUCACAGUGCUGCUAUGCAGACUGACUGGAGCCACGCUCAGACAGCUCCACUGUAACCCUGACUCUGAGGCACAGGCCUGGACUGCUCACACAGAGAGAAACCUUCACAGCUGAGGAAAAGCUCUCUGUGAGCCUCAAUCCAGUGGGACAACUUGUGCGCAAUAGCAGAUGUUACACAGCUUUGUGUACUAAUGUGGAUUAUUCAGGAUGCUGCUAUGCAGACAGAGUGGAGCCACAGAAAACCUGCUGGUGAAGUUAAAGUAACACGCUGCUUCUGUCAGUGCAGUUCAACAGCUUGUAUUACACAGUUGGCAGCAGGAGGUCUGGCUGGAGGGACGGGUCUUUGCAGGGUUUAGAUAGUGUGUUGACCUAAACUCAGACUGGUUAAAUGUGUUUACUUUAGAAACUGAGAAGUGUGACACAGCCUGGGACCAAAAGUUGUGUCCGAAACAUAAAGUCCUUUUUGAAUUUUUAUUGUAAUGCCUCCAGCAGGUGAAGAAGACACUUAAUCCUGAGGAAAGGUUUGUGGAACUGAAACAUUUUGUUAAUACUCUGCAGUUGAGACAAGUUGUUCAGUUUCAUUUCCAUGAGCAGUUGAAAUUAGCUUUGUUGUUGAAGUUUGUUUGACUUGUUUGGCUGGUUGGCACAGUAACUGUUGGAAAAUGAAGAAUCCACAUCCACUGACUGAUACGUGGAAUAGAUCCCUCAGCAAAGACCCAGUCCUGAUCUCUGUGCCAGGCACCAACAAGAAGUUCAAGAGGAAGUCCAGUGAGCCAAAAAGGCUUUUCAGCAGCCCUGAGCCUGAGAGGAUGAAGAGCUACACAGCAGACAUGUCAGAUGUAGACUCAGUCGAUGACGCCCAGGUAGAGGCAUGUACUGUCGGCCAGUUAGCUCCACUGCAGAGACACCUUAUGAUGUCACAGGAGGCGACAGUGAGUACCACAGGACUGUCAGGACUACCAGAGGCCAACAUGGCUCCAGCUCAGAGCAGUGCCAUAGACAUGAGGAUUGGUAUUAACGUUCCAGGCAUCGCUUCCAAACUGUCCCAGUUACCUGCCUCUCCGUUCCCUAACCCAGAGAUCUCCCACUGGCCCACGGCCAUCUCCCAGCCUCUGUCCAACAGACUCAAACUAGGCCUUUGCUCUACUUUCCCUCUGUCCACAUCAACCAGCAGCAGCAGCAGCCACUCACCCAGUCAUCAGGCCUUCUCCCUGGAGCCGUCUCUGUCUGGCCAGGCUGGAGCUCUGCCUGGUCCCAGAAUCUCCCAGACCCCCCAGUGCCAUGAACAUGUGGAGCAUGUGCAGUCACCGAAGGAGCCUCCCAGGAAGCGGGUCGGGGUGGGUGCAGAUGGACCUGGGCGUCUUCCGGAGGUCAAAGCCAUCCAGCAGACCCGCAGGCUUCUAGCCAAUGCCAGGGAGAGGACUCGGGUCCACACCAUCAGUGCUGCGUUCGAGGCCCUGAGGAAGCAGGUGCCAUGUUACUCCUAUGGGCAGAAGCUCUCCAAGCUGGCUAUAUUACGUAUCGCCUGCAACUACAUCCUGUCUUUGGCUCAGCUGGCAGAGCUGGACUACAGCUCAGACCACAGCAGUCUGAGCUUCUCUCAGUGUGUAGAGCAGUGCACCAGGACGCUGCAGGCCGAGGGCCGGAGCAAGAAGAGGAAGGAGUGAAGCAGAGAGCAGUGACAGGCCUGAGAGGACAAACCACCAGAUGAUCAUCAAAACAACAAUGAGGAUGUGGAUGAAUGGAAGAGAGAUUAUUUCCACAUUUCAUGACUUGCUCUGACCACACAAGGACAGAUUAACUAACAUCUCUACUUAUCUGAGAGGCAACAGUGAAGGUUCUCUGUCAGUAACUGACCGACAGACAGAGAUGUAAACUUAUUCAGCCUGUUGGAUCCCUCAGCUAUACACACAGUCACACACACAUUAUCUCCCACUGUCUCAUCAGUACCAUGUUUAAGUCUUCCUUCCUCAGUUGAAACUUGUCUAGUUGCAGCUUCAGAACAGUCACCGUUUCACUCAGCAGUUUUUAAUAUCAGUACAAAUAUUAAAACAGUUUAAAAACUCCUCUGACACUAACACUCAGUACAAAAGACCUACCACACAUUACACAUUAUAUUUCUCUCUAUGUGCUUUCACAUUGAUCCCACAGUAAACAGUUAUGAUCAACUGAAAUAAGAAAGGAUUUCCCUCUUUCCAUCUCUCACUUGAGUCUCCUGGCCUGAUGAGUGCACAUCUGUCACAUUCUGAGUGAGUCCAGUACCAACACCUGCUCCCUGUGUGUCACAGUCUGAGUAUUGUUGCUGACAAUGUUCAUCCCUUUAUGGCCACAGUUGACCAUUUUCUAAUGGCUACUUCCAGCAAGAUAAUGCUCCAUGACACAAAGCAAAAGUAAUCUCAAACUGGUUUCAUGAACACAACAGUGAGUUCAGUCACACAGAAAUCAUCAUCUCAUCAUUGUCACCAUACUCCUGUGGGUUCAGAUCUAAAAUAAAGAAAUAAAUCAUCAUAUGUGGAUGAUUUACUGAUGGAAAUGCUACAGCACAUCCUUAGUCCUUCUGAAGGAGAGGAGCUUGACAGCUUACUAUAUUACUUUCUUUUUUAUAAAGAAUUUCACUGAUAUUCAGGGUAAUAUAGCUUUUUAUGUAGUUCCAGAUGAGAAGAUGAAUGAUCAGUUCCAUGUCAUGGCCACAGAUACUGUAUGUCUAAGCUGUCUUGGUAUAGCUCAGCAGUCUGACAGCAGCAGGUCCUGCUGUCUUACCUUACCAGGUUAUGCAGUGUGUCUAUGACUAACAUGAAACUUUUUUAAAAAUUAUUUAAUAACUAAACUAAAUAACUAUCUUAAAAGCAGCUAAUUAUCAAGGACAUCAAAGGAGUGGCAGAAAUUAGUCAGACAAACAUUGACAGCUAGAUGUUGCAUCUUUCAACUCAUUCAAAAUCACUUUAAAAGUAUCCAUUGAAACUAGCUAUUUCAGCUCUAGGAUAUUUUGUAAACUGUUCCAAGAAGAGGGAGCUACGUAUUUAAAUGCCUUUAUUCCUAGUUCAGUGCGAGCCCUUGGUACAGAUAAUAAAAGACUGUAACUGCCUGUA